ACCUAUUUCAAAGAACUCUUCUGGAAAUAAUGUUGGUUAUGAAAACGUGUAUCCAAGUCUCCUCUUUCGAAUGACGAAAACCGCAGGUCUCCAUCUUGUUUCUACCAAAAGUUAUUCAGAAAACAAUCGCGUGCCUUGAUGUCUGGAACGGAUAAUAGUACACUACCCGUGCGCUGCGACGACUAUCGCUUCUCUGUUAUAGUAAAUAUUCUUUCUUGUCCUAUGACACCAUCAUCAUGAGGCUCAUAGCUCAAGCGUCACACAAAUCUCAAACUUUUUAGUAAUAAGGAUAAAAUAAUAAUAGAAAAAAUAAUUUAUUUUCUAUGAAUUUUAUAGUUUCAUUGUGCAACAGAAGAUAUUCAUACCAGUGAUCUAAUAUUAUUUUUUAAAUCAUCAAUAAAUGACGAUACUUGUGUACUUCAUGAGCUAAAUAAACGUAAACCAUUAUUAACAAAUAUUAUUUGUCAUCAAACAAGUACAAAAAUUUGUACAGAUAACGAAUUAUCAUUUUAUCAAGUAAAUGGUUUAUUAGGUGUGUAUAUUGCAAAUGUACGUAAUAACGACGAUAGACAACAUUCAACUUCAACUGUGAUAACAUUUGAUCAUGGAACUAGUUGGCAAAAUAUAACACUUGUUAACAAUUUAUGUAACUCAUUGCCACAGGUAACUAAUCAACUUGUUCGAUCAGUUAACGACGAGACGUAUACAGUGACCUCAUCUGACGGUGGUGCAUCAUGGCAUUUGGGACAAAAAGGAACACAUUCUUAUGGUAUUUCAAAAGAUAGUCUAUUGAUUUCAACAACUGGUAAUGAUUCAGUCAAAUCUUUGCUUUAUUCGACGGAUUAUGGACGAAAGUGGAAUGGAAUUCAUUUUCCAAAUGAUCGCACAAUAUUAGUUGGAACGGAUAAUAAUGGUAUUUCAUCAUUUUUUAAUAUGUUUGGAUAUAAACCAGAUGAUAAUUCAACAAUAACAUUGUCUAGUGUAGAUUUUAAUCACAUGAUAAAUAAAACGUGUUUACCAAGUGAUUUUAAAGAGUGGACACCUCAUUCUACAAAAUGUUUAAAUGGUUUAAAAACAUUCUAUAGACGUCGUUCUGAGCGAGCAAAUUGUUUAGAAAAAGAUGUUCAUCAUUCUUUACUUCGUACUGAACCAUGUUUAUGUGAAUUGAAAGAUUUUCAAUGCGAACUAAAUUUUAAACGUACUAAAGAUUUGUUAUGUGUUUUUAAGCCUAAAUCCGAUAUUGCUCUUCCAUCUGCUCAAGAUUUUCAUUGUCAACAGGCAUCAACAUGGAUAAGACGAAGAGGUUAUACAAAAUUACCUGAUAAUCAAUGUGAAAAUGGUGCAAUGGAUUAUCUGCAAGAUGUUCAAAUUCCAUGUCGUGAUCUUACAGAACCAAAAUAUUUAAUAUACGGACUUGAUUCGAAUGAUAAAUCGGUAAUUCGUCUUUAUAAUGAUUUUGAUGAUGAGGAGGACGAAGAUGAAGAGGAUACAUCAAAAUUGUGGAAUAUUGAUACAAACGGAAAUAUAACAGCCAUUGCUUUGAACGAUCGUACCAAAUAUGUCUAUAUCGGCGUUAAAUUAGAAGACAAAGCUGUUUUAUAUAGUGUAAAAAAAGAUUUUUCAUCCAAGGCAUUGAAACGACAUAUUUCACUUGACUCAAAUCCAAUUUUGUAUGAUGGAUUAGAUGAAAUAAUUGAAUAUUUAUCAGUUGAUUGGAUGACAAAUAAUUUAUAUCUUUUAAUUCGAAAUAAAUCUACAAAUUUAUUACACAUUAAAGUAUUAAAUAUAUUAACAUUGAAAAAACGAAUUAUUUUAUCUAAUGUUGAAACAAAUAUUCCCAUUAUUAUUACAGAUCUCAUUAAACAAUAUUUAUAUUGGAUUAAAUUUAAUAAUGAAACAAACGUUUCAUCUCUAAUCAUUAGUGAUCUGAGCGGAACUAUUAAAAAAGAAAUUUAUUUGUUAAAUUCGACUAUAUCAUUUCUUGCUUAUGAUACCUAUACACAUGAUCUGAUUUAUAUUUCAAACUCAACUGUAUAUUCUUAUAAUACACUUUUACUUGAUACAAUAACAUCAAAAUUAAUCUACAAUAUUCCACAACAGGAUACAGUCACAAAUACAAAAGUGGCAUUAUUUAAUGUGACAACUGAACUGUGUAUUCCACUAGGACGUGAUCAAUUUGAAUGUAUUUGUGAAGAAAAAAGCACAGAUAAAUCGUGCAUUUGUCCUUCUGGUGAACAAGCAAUCAAUGGAAUUUGUCAAGCAAUCAAUGGCAAAUGUUCUUCUGGACGUCAACUAUGUCAAGACGGCAUCCAUUGUGCAGUUAAUGCAUUUAUUUGUGAAGAAAAGUUUACUGGAUACACACACACAUUUAAGAAUAUCUCAAAGUGUACGAUUAACAGCGUGGAUGAUGGUUUCGAUUGUUAUUAUGAAAAAAAAUGUAUUCCAAAACAAUGGUUGUGCGAUGGUCAGAAAGACUGUCAAUAUGGUAAUGAUGAAGAUCAUUGUAAUAAAAUGACGACGACUACUACCACUAUGAAUCGAUAUUUAUCACUUGAGAAAUCAAAAUGUCUCUCAAAAGGACAAAGAUAUGUAUUAUGUGGUGCUACUUGUAUAAAAAUGGACUCGUUGUGUAAUAAUGUGUCAAACGAGAAUAUAUGCAAUGAAGCAUUUGAAAUAAACUUGUUAGCAUUAAUAAUAAUCAUCAUUCUUGCUGUAAAAUAUUAUCGUCGAAAUAAGAAAAAAUCUUAUUCUACUCCACAGCAAGCAUCAAAAAAUAUUUCAACUUCACCAACAUCACCAGUAACAGGAACAGGUGGAGAUCAUGGUGCUAACACGAGAUUAUUAACAAAUCCCGUUGAUUCUGAUGCUUAG